AUGAAGAGGAGGCAGAAGCGCGUGCUGCAGAUGGCGUUUUUAUUCACGCUGGCUCUCAUUUUCUUGCCCAACGUGGGUCUGUGGUCGCUCUACAGAGACAAACACCUGAUGAAGGCGCCCGAAGGAGACGAGCAGGGAUUUGCGCUCGGACUGAGCGAUGGACAUGUUUACAGCUGGACAGACGGCUUGAGGAGGCGAGACUGGCACGAUAACGAGAGCGUCAGGAGAGACGAGAUGCGUGUUGGGAAAGGGGAGCAGGGGAAGCCGUACCCACUUGCAGAGGACGAGUGUGAUGACACGGUGUACAAAGAGAACGGCUUUAACAUCUACGUGAGCAACAACAUCGCACUGGAUCGCUCGCUGCCCGACAUCAGACACCCCAACUGUAAGCAGAAGCUGUAUCUGGAGAACCUCCCCAACACCAGUAUCAUUAUCCCGUUCCAUAACGAGGGCUGGAGUUCUUUUCUACGCACUGUGCACAGCAUCGUAAACCGAACUCCAGAUCAUCUGAUUGCUGAGAUCAUUCUGGUGGAUGACUACAGCGAUCGAGAGCACCUGGGCGUUCGUCUGGAGGAGUACAUGUCCAGAUUUCCGAAAGUGCGCAUAGUGCGCACAAAGAAGCGCGAGGGUUUGAUACGCACACGCCUCCUGGGAGCGUCUGUGGCCAAAGGGGAAGUCCUCACCUUCUUAGACUCUCACUGCGAGGCCAACGUCAACUGGCUGCCCCCUCUGCUCGACCAGAUAGCCCAGAACUCCAAGACCAUCGUGUGUCCCAUGAUUGACGUCAUCGACCACAACCACUUUGGAUACGAGGCUCAAGCUGGGGAUGCUAUGCGAGGAGCCUUUGACUGGGAGAUGUACUACAAACGCAUCCCUAUCCCUCCUGAGCUCCAGGGACCUGACCCCAGCGACCCUUACGAGUCACCUGUGAUGGCUGGAGGUCUUUUUGCUGUGAACCGUCAGUGGUUCUGGGAGCUCGGAGGCUACGAUACGGGCCUGGAGAUCUGGGGAGGAGAGCAGUACGAGAUUUCCUUCAAGGUGUGGAUGUGUGGAGGCAGUAUGUAUGACGUGCCGUGCUCCAGAGUGGGCCACAUCUACAGGAAGUACGUGCCCUACAAAGUGCCCUCAGGAACUAGCCUGGCUCGGAAUCUGAAGCGAGUGGCAGAGACAUGGAUGGAUGAGUACACAGAGUACAUCUACCAGCGGCGGCCGGAGUAUCGCCACCUCUCCACAGGAGACCUGACCACUCAGAAGGAGCUGCGCAAACACCUCAAGUGUAAAGACUUCAAAUGGUACAUGAACACAGUGGCGUGGGACCUGCCCAAAUACUACCCUCCUGUAGAGCCCUUACCUGCUGCCUGGGGAGAGAUCCGCAACGCAGCAUCAGGGUUGUGUAUGGACACCAAACACGGCUCGACAGGAACAGAGCUCCGUUUGGACAGCUGCCUGAAAGAGGGAGCGGAGAGAACCUGGGCACACGAACAGAUCUUCACCUUUGGCUGGAGGGAGGACAUCAGGCCUGGGGACCCUCUGCACACCAGGAAGUUGUGUUUCGAUGCCAUCUCUCAAAGCAGCCCUGUUACUCUGUACGACUGCCAUGGCAUGAGGGGCAACCAGCACUGGAGCUACCGCAGGGAUAAGUCUCUUUACCAUCCAGUGAGCAGCAGUUGCAUGGACUGCAGCCCUGCCGAUAAGCGGAUUUUCAUGAACAAGUGCAAUCCCGAGUCGGCGACGCAGCAGUGGCUCUUCCAGAGAGUCAACAUGACCAUUCUGGACAAAUUCAACAGCGCCACCACUUCCUAG